GUCUCAGCCGGGCUCAGUGAGCAGUUUGCUGUAGCAGGGACACACCAGUCCACCAGCAGGGACACACCAGUCCACCAGCAGGGACACACCGGGACACACCAGUCCAACAGCAGGGACACACCGGGACCCAGCAGUCCUCACACCAGCCCGGGGACGCCACAUCGCAACUUUCCUCCAUGUACGUGGAGACACUUUCUGCACUUUGGAGGACAACCCCACGCUCGCCGAGGAGGAGAUUUCAACCCAGAAGUCCUUUGAUUUAGUUCCCCCCCUACACUUUUCUUCUCCCUUGUUACGCGUAUUUUCUUUUGGUUCUUUUUUUGCAACGAGCCACUGAGCGAGGGUUAGGGGGACAGACAGAGACAUGCCUCAGCUGAGCAGCGGCGGCGGGGACGACCUGGGAGCGAACGACGAGAUGAUCGCGUUCAAAGACGAAGGGGAGCAGGAGGAGAAGAUCCAGGAGAACGCGUUCACCGAGCGGGACCUGGCCGACCUCAAGUCCUCCCUGGUGAACGAGUCCGAGACCAGCCAGAGCCCCAGCGCGGCGGCGGGCAGACGGGGACAGCAGCCGGGCGAGCAGCGGGGCUUCGCGGACAAACACCGGGAGCAUCACGACGGAGUGUCGAAGCACCAAGAUGGAGGCAUGUACAAGACGCCAGCGUAUGCCGGCUAUCCCUUCCUCAUGCUGCCGGACCCCUACCUCCCCAACAGCUCAGUUUCUCCAUCUUCCAACAAAGUGUCGGUGGUGCAGCAGUCACACGGGAUGCACCCCCUGUCGUCCCUCCUGCCCUACAGCAACGACCACUUCAGCCCGAGUUCUCCACACCUGCCCACAGACAUGAGCCAGAAGACAGGCGUUCACAGGCACCAGUCCCAGGACCUCUCAGGGUACUACUCCCUCCCUCCAGGCGGUGUCGGACAGAUAUCUCCCUCCAUGGGCUGGCAGAGCCAGCCAGUCUAUCCUGCCCUGACCCCCUGUGGAUUCAGGCAACCCUCCUACUCCAACCUCCCCGGCGCCUCCUCCUACUCCAGGUACCGUAGCCGGUGGGUCGGACCUGAGCCGAGAGAGAAAAAGUUCCAACACCCUCUGAUGCUGGGCCAUUCAGGCAUGCAUCCAACAGGAAUCCCCCAUCCAGCCAUAGUGCCCCCUUCAGGCAAACAGGAGCACGACCAGUAUGACAGGGGCAUGUAUGUGAAGCAGCACAUGGAGCCCAAGCGGGAGAAGGAGCCCAAGAAGCCGGUCAUCAAGAAACCGCUGAACGCCUUCAUGCUAUACAUGAAGGAGAUGAGGGCAAAGGUCAUCGCUGAGUGCACGUUAAAGGAGAGCGCCGCCAUCAACCAGAUUCUGGGGCGGAGGUGGCACGCACUGACCCGAGAGGAGCAAGCAAAGUACUAUGAGUUGGCGAGGAAGGAGAGACAACUCCACAUGCAGCUCUACCCGACCUGGUCCGCCAGAGACAACUACGAGGCGGGCCUUAGCGGGGUCGCAGGGGAAAAGAGUAAAGCUGAUUGGGGCAAGAAGAAGAGGAGAAAAAGGGAGAAGCAGCAGGACCCCAACACAGGAGGAAAAAGAAGUGCAUUCGCUACCUUCAAGGAGGAGGCUGCCCCAGCCCAACUUCUUCAGAUUUAAGUGCCAUAGACUCUCCCCCCUCCUCCUCCCCCUCCCGACAUCCGCUCUACCAGCACCAGCGUC